CUACCCCGCAUUCCCUCCUCACGACUCUGCGGCCCUGGGUGUGCAGAUGUACGAGGCAAAGGAGGACAGCCUGUUCAACUGCUACCAGCGCGCCCACCAGAACACCCUUGAGAGCUACCCCGCCUUCCCUCCUCACCGCUCUGCUCCGCUCUACGCCCCUGGGUGUGCAGAUAUGUACGAGGACAAGGAGGACAUCCUGUUCAAUUGCUACCAGCGCACCCACCAGAAAACCCUUGAGAGCUACCCCGCCUUCCCUCCUCACCACUCUGCGCCCCUGGGUGUGCAGAUGUACAAGGACAAGGAGGACAGCCUGUUCAACUGCUACCAGCGCGCUCACCAGAUCACCCUUGAGAGCUACCCCGCCUUCCCUCCUCACCGUUCUGCUCCGCUCUGCGCCCCUGGAGCUACCCCGCCUUCCCUCCUCACUGCUCUGCUCCGCUCUGCGCCCCUGGGUGUGCAAAUGUACGAGGACAAGGAGGACAGCCUGUUCAACUGCUACCAGCGCGCCCACCAGAACACCCUUGAGAGCUACCCCGCCUUCCCUCCUCACCGCUCUGCUCCGCUCUACGCCCCUGGGUGUGCAGAUAUGUACGAGGACAAGGAGGACAGCCUGUUCAACUGCUACCAGCGCGCUCACCAGAUCACCCUUGAGAGCUACCCCGCCUUCCCUCCUCACCGCUCUGCUCCACUCUGCGCCCCUGGGUGUGCAGAUAUGUACGAGGACAAGGAGGACAGCCUGUUCAACUUCUACCAGCGCGCCCACCAGAACACCCUUGAGCGCUACCCUGCCUUCCCUCCUCACUGCUCUGCUCCGCUCUGCGCCCCUAGAUGUACGAGGACAAGGAGGACAGCAUGUUCAACUGCUACCAGCGCGCUCACCAGAACACCCUUGAGAGCUACCCCGCCUUCCCUCCUCACCACUCUGCGCACCUGGGAGGAACAGGAGGACAGCCUGUUCAACUGCUACCUGCGCGCCCACCAAAACACCCUUGAGAGCUACCCCGCCUUCCCUCCUCACCACUCUGCGCCCCAGGGUGUGCAGAUGUACGAGGACAAGGAGGACAGCCUGUUCAACUGCUACCAGUGCGCCCACCAGAACACCCUUGAGAGCUACCCCGCCUUCCCUCCUCACCACUCUGCGCCCGUGGGUGUGCAGAUGUACGAGGACAAGGAGGACAACCAGUUCAACUGCUACCAGCGAGCUCACCAGAACACCCUUGAGAGCUACCCCACCUUCCCUCCUCAUCGCUCUGCUCCGCUCUGCGCCCCUGGGUGUGCAGAUAUGUACGAGGACAAGGAGGACAGCCUGUUUAAUUGCUACCAGCACGCCCACCAGAACACCCUUGAGAGCUACCCCGCCUUCCCUCCUCACUGCUCUGCUCCGCUCUGCGCCCCUGGAUGUAGGAGGACAAGGAGGACAGCCUGUUCAACUGCUACCAGCGUGCCCACCACAACACCCUUGAGAGCUACCCCGCCUUCCCUCCUCACCGCUCUGCUCCACUCUACGCCCCUUGGUGUGCAGAUGUACAAGGACAAGGAGGACAGCCUAUUCAACAGCUACCAGCGCGCUCACCAGAACACCCUUGAGAGAUACACCGCCUUCCCUCCUCACUGUUCUGCUCCGCUCUGGGCCCCUGGGUGUGCAGAUAUGUACGAGGACAAGGAGUACAGCCUGUUCAACUGCUACCAGCGCGCCCACAAGAACACCCUUGACAGCUACCCCGCCUUCCCUCCUCACCACUCUGCGCCCCAGGGUGUGCAGAUGUACGAGGACAAGGAGGACAGCCUGUUCAACUGCUACCAGCGCGCGCACCAGAACACCCUUGAGAGCUACCCCGCCUUCCCUCCUCACCACUCUGCGCCCAUGUACGAGGACAAGGAGAACAGCCUCUUCAACUGCUACCAGCGAGCCCACCACAACACCCUUGAGAGCUACCCCGCCUUCCCUCCUCACCGCUCUGCUCCGCUCUGCGCUCCUGGGUGUGCAGAUAUGUACAAGGACAAGGAGGACAGCCUGUUCAACAGCUACCAGCGCGCUCACCAGAACACCCUUGAGAGAUACACUGCCUUCCCUCCUCACUGCUCUGCUCCGCUCUGUGCCCCUGGGUGUGCAGAUAUGUAUGAGGACAAGGAGGACAGCCUGUUCAACUGCUACCACCGCGCCCACCAGAACACCCUUGAGAGCUACCCCGCCUUCUCUCCUCACCACUCUGGUGUGCAGAUGUACGAGGACAAGGAGGACAGCCUGUUCAACUUCUACCAGCGCACCCACCAGACCACCCUUGAGAGCUACCCCGCCUUCCCUCCUCACCACUCUGCGCCCGUGGGUGUGCAGAUGUACGAGGACAAGGAGGACAACCUGUUCAACUGCUACCAGCGCGCUCACCAGAACACCCUUGAGAGCUACCCCGCCUUCCCUCCUCACCGCUCUGCUCCGCUCUACGCCCCUGGGUGUGCAGAUAUGUACGAGGACAAGGAGGACAGCCUGUUCAACUGCUACCAGCUCACCCACCAGAACACCCUUGAGCGCUACCCCGCCUUCCCUCCUCACCGCUCUGCUCCGCUCUGCGCCCCUAGAUGUACGAGGAAAAGGAGGACAGCCUGUUCAGCUUCUACCAGCGCGCCCACCAGAACACCCUUGAGAGCUACCCUGCCUUCCCUCCUCACUGCUCUGCUCCGCUCUGCGCCCCUGGGUGUGCAGAUGUACGAGGACAAGGAGGACAGCCUGUUAAACUGCUACCAGCGCGCCCACCAGAACACCCUUGAGAGCUACCCCGCCUUCUCUCCUCACCACUCUGCGCCCCUGGGUGUGCAGAUGUACAAGGACAAGGAGGACAGCCUGUUCAACUGCUACCAGCGCGCUCACCAGAUCACCCUUGAGAGCUACCCAGCCACCCUCCUCACCGCUCUGCUCCGCUCUGCGCCCCUGGGUGUGCAGAUGUACAAGGACAAGGAGGACAGCCUGUUCAACUGCUACCAGCACGCCCACCAGAACACCCUUGAGAGCUACCCCGCCUUCCCUCCUCACUGCUCUGCUCCGCUCUGCGCCCCUGGGUGUGGAAAUAUGUACGAGGACAAGGAGGACAUUCGGUUCAACUGCUACCAGCGCGCUCACCAGAACACCCUUGAGAGCUACCCCGCCUUCCCUCCUCACCACUAUGCGCACCUGGGUGAGCAGAUGUACGAGGACAAGGAGGACAGCUUGACAAGGAGGACAGCCUCUUCAACUGCUACUAGCGCGCCCACCAGAACACCCUUGAGAGCUACCCCGCCUUCCCUCCUCACUGCUCUGCUCCGUUCUGCGCCCGUGGGUGUGCAGAUGUACGAGGACAAGGAGGACAGCCUGUUCAACUGCUACCAGCGCGCCCACCAGAACACCCUUGAGAGCUACCCCGCCUUCCCUCCUCACCGCUCUGCUCUGUUCUGCGCCCCUGGAUGUACAAGCGUGCCCACCAGAACACCCUUGAGAGCUACCCUGCCUUCCCUCCUCACUGCUCUGCUCCACUCUGCGCCCCUGGGUGUGCAGAUGUAUGAGGACAAGGAGGACAGCCUGUUCAACUGCAACCAGCGCGCCCACCAGAACACCUUUGAGAGCUACCUCGCCUUCCUUUCUCACCACUCUGCGCCCCAGGGUGUGCAGAUGUAUGAGGACAAGGAGGACAGCCUGUUCAAAUUCUACCAGCGCGCCCACCAGAACACCCUUGAGAGCUACCCUGCCUUCCCUCCUCACUGCUCUGCUCCGCUCUGCGCCCCUGGGUGUGCCGAUGUUCGAGGACAAGGAGGACUGCCUAUGUACGAGGACAAGGAGGACAGCCUGUUCAACUGCUACCAGCGCGCCCACCAGAACACCCUUGAGAGCUACCCUGCCUUCCCUCCUCACUGCUCUGCUCCGCUCUGCGCCCCUGGGUGUGCCGAUGUUCGAGGACAAGGAGGACUGCCUAUGUACGAGGACAAGGAGGACAGCCUGUUCAUUUGUUACCAGCGAGCCCACCACAACACCCUUGAGAGCUACCCCGCCUUCCCUCCUCACCGCUCUGCUCCGCUCUGCGCCCCUAGGUGUGCAGAUAUGUACGAGGACAAGGAGGACAUUCGGUUCAACUGCUACCAGCGCGCUCACCAGAACACCCUUGAGAGCUACCCCGCCUUCCCUCCUCACCACUAUGCGCACCUGGGUGAGCAGAUGUACGAGGACAAGGAGGACAGCUUGACAAGGAGGACAGCCUCUUCAACUGCUACUAGCGCGCCCACCAGAACACCCUUGAGAGCUACCCCGCCUUCCCUCCUCACUGCUCUGCUCCGUUCUGCGCCCGUGGGUGUGCAGAUGUACGAGGACAAGGAGGACAGCCUGUUCAACUGCUACCAGCGCGCCCACCAGAACACCCUUGAGAGCUACCCCGCCUUCCCUCCUCACCGCUCUGCUCUGUUCUGCGCCCCUGGAUGUACAAGCGUGCCCACCAGAACACCCUUGAGAGCUACCCUGCCUUCCCUCCUCACUGCUCUGCUCCACUCUGCGCCCCUGGGUGUGCAGAUGUAUGAGGACAAGGAGGACAGCCUGUUCAACUGCAACCAGCGCGCCCACCAGAACACCUUUGAGAGCUACCUCGCCUUCCUUUCUCACCACUCUGCGCCCCAGGGUGUGCAGAUGUAUGAGGACAAGGAGGACAGCCUGUUCAAAUUCUACCAGCGCGCCCACCAGAACACCCUUGAGAGCUACCCUGCCUUCCCUCCUCACUGCUCUGCUCCGCUCUGCGCCCCUGGGUGUGCCGAUGUUCGAGGACAAGGAGGACUGCCUAUGUACGAGGACAAGGAGGACAGCCUGUUCAACUGUUACCAGCGAGCCCACCACAACACCCUUGAGAGCUACCCCGCCUUCCCUCCUCACCGCUCUGCUCCGCUCUGCGCCCCUUGGUGUGCAGAUAUGUACGAGGACAAGGAGGACAGCCUGUUCAACUUCUACCAGCGCGCCUACAAGAACACCCUUGAGAGCUACCCCGCCUUCCCUCCUCACUGCUCUGCUCCGCUCUGCGCCCCUGGGUGUGCAGAUAUGUACGAGGACAAGGAGGACAGCCUGUUCAACUGCUACCAGCGCGCCCACCAGAACACCCUUGAGAGCUACCCCGCCCUCCCUCCUCACUGCUCUGCUCCACUCUGCGUCCAUGGGUGUGCAGAUAUGUAUGAGGACAAGGAGGACAGCCUGUUCAACUGCUACCAGCGCGCCCACCAGAACACCCUUGAGAGCUACCCCGCCUUCCCAUCUCACCACUCUGCGCCCCAGGGUGUGCAGAUGUACGAGGACAAGGAGGACAGCCUGUUCAACUUCUACCAGCGCGCCCACCAGAACACCCUUGAGAGCUACCCCGCCUUCCCUCCUCACCACUCUGCGCCCCUGGGUGUGCAGAUGUACGAGGACAAGGAGGACAGCCUGUUCAACUGCUACCAGCGCGCUCACCAGAUCACCCUUGAGAGCUACCCAGCCACCCUCCUCACCGCUCUGCUCCGCUCUGCGCCCCUGGGUGUGCAGAUGUACAAGGACAAGGAGGACAGCCUGUUCAACUGCUACCAGCACGCCCACCAGAACACCCUUGAGAGCUACCCCACCUUCCCUCCUCACUGCUCUGCUCCGCUCUGCGCCCCUGGGUGUGGAAAUAUGUACGAGGACACGGAGGACAUCCGGUUCAACUGCUACCAGCGCGCUCACCAGAACACCCUUGAGAGCUACCCCGCCUUCCCUCCUCACCACUAUGCGCACCUGGGUGAGCAGAUGUACGAGGACAAGGAGGACAGCUUGUUCAACUGCUACCAGCGCGCUCACCAGAACACCCUUGAGAGCUACCUCGCCUUCCCUCCUCACCACUCUGCUCCGCUCUGCACCCCUGGAUGUACGAGGACAAGGAGGACAGCUUGUUCAACUGCUACCAGCGCGCUCACCAGAACACCCUUGAGAGCUACCUCGCCUUCCCUCCUCACUGCUCUGCUCCGUUCUGCGCCCGUGGGUGUGCAGAUGUACGAGGACAAGGAGGACAGCCUGUUCAACAGCUACCAGCGCGCCCACCAGAACACCCUUGAGAGCUACCCCGCCUUCCCUCCUCACCGCUCUGCUCUGCUCUGCGCCCCUGGAUGUACAAGCGUGCCCACCAGAACACCCUUGAGAGCUACCCUACCUUCCCUCCUCACUGCUCUGCUCCACUCUGCGCCCCUGGGUGUGCAGAUGUAUGAGGACAAGGAGGACAGCCUGUUCAACUGCAACCAGCGCGCCCACCUGAACACCUUUGAGAGCUACCCCGCCUUCCUUUCUCACCACUCUGCGCCCCAGGGUGUGCAGAUGUAUGAGGACAAGGAGGACAGCCUGUUCAAAUUCUACCAGCGCGCCCACCAGAACACCCUUGAGAGCUACCCUGCCUUCCCUCCUCACUGCUCUGCUCCGCUCUGCGCCCCUGGGUGUGCAGAUGUACGAGGACAAGGAGGACUGCCUAUGUACGAGGACAAGGAGGACAGCCUGUUCAACUCCUACCAGCGAGCCCACCACAACACCCUUGAGAGCUACCCCGCCUUCCCUCCUCACCGCUCUGCUCCGCUCUGCGCCCCUUGGUGUGCAGAUAUGUACGAGGACAAGGAGGACAGCCUGUUCAACUUCUACCAGCGCGCCCACAAGAACACCCUUGAGAGCUACCCCGCCUUCCCUCCUCACCGCUCUGCUCCGCUCUGCGCCCCUGGGUGUGCAGAUAUGUACGAAGACAAGGAGGACAGCCUGUUCAACUGCUAUCAGCGCGCCCACCAGAAAACCCUUGAGAGCUACCCCGCCUUCCCUCCUCACCGCUCUGCUCUGCUCUGCGCCCCUGGAUGUACGAGGACAAGGAGGACAGCCUGUUCAACUGCUAACAGCACGCCCACCAAAACACCCUUGAGAGCUACCCCGCCUUCCCUCCUCACCGCUCUGCUCCGCUCUGCGCCCCUGGGUGUGCAGAUGUAUGAGGACAAGGAGGACAGCCUGUUCAACUGCUACCAGCGCGCCCACCAGAACACCCUUGAGAGCUACCCCGCCUUCCCAUCUCACCACUCUGCGCCCCAGGGUGUGCAGAUGUACGAGGACAAGGAGGACAGCCUGUUCAACUUCUACCAGCGCGCCCACCAGAACACCCUUGAGAGCUACCCCGCCUUCCCUCCUCACCGCUCUGCUCCGCUAUACGCCCCUGGGUGUGCAGAUAUGUACGAGGACAAGGAGGACAGCCUGUUCAACUGCUACCAGUGCGCCCACCAGAACACCCUUGAGAGCUACCCUGCCCUCCCUCCUCACUGCUCUGCUCCACUCUGCGCCCCUGGGUGUGCAGAUAUGUAUGAGGACAAGGAGGACAGCCUGUUCAACUGCUACCAGCGCGCCCACCAGAACACCCUUGAGAGCUACCCCACCUUCCCAUCUCACCACUCUGCGCCCCAGGGUGUGCAGAUGUACGAGGACAAGGAGGACAGCCUGUUCAACUUCUACCAGCGCGCCCACCAGAACACCCUUGAGAGCUACCCCGCCUUCCCUCCUCACCGCUCUGCUCCGCUAUACGCCCCUGGGUGUGCAGAUAUGUACGAGGACAAGGAGGACAGCCUGUUCAACUUCUACCAGCGAGCCCACCACAACACCCUUGAGAGCUACCCCGCCUUCCCUCCUCACCGCUCUGCUCCGCUCUGCGCCCCUGGGUGUGCAGAUAUGUACGAGGACAAGGAGGACAGCCUGUUCAACUGCUACCAGCGCGCCCACCAGAACACCCUUGAGAGCUACCCCGCCUUCCCUCCUCACCGCUCUGCUCCGCUAUACGCCCCUGGGUGUGCAGAUAUGUACGAGGACAAGGAGGACAGCCCGUUCAACUGCUACCAGCGCGCUCACCAUAACACCUUUGAGAGCUACCCCGCCUUCCCUCCUCACCGCUCUGCUCCGCUCUGCGCCCCUGGGUGUGCAGAUAUGUACGAGGACAAGGAGGACAGCCUGUUCAACUGCUACCAGCGCGCUCACCAGAACACCUUUGAGAGCUACCCCGCCUUCCCUCCUCACCGCUCUGCUCUGCUCUACGCCCCUGGAUGUACGAGGACAAGGAGGACAGCCUGUUCAACUGCUACCAGCGCGCCCACCAGAACACCCUUGAGAGCUACCCCGCCUUCCCUCCUCACUGCUCUGCUCCGCUCUGUGCCCCUGGGUGUGCAGAUGUACGAGGAUAUGGAGGACAGCCUGUUCAACUUCUACCAGCGCGCACACCAGAACACCCUUGAGAGCUACCCCGCCUUCCCUCCUCACCGCUCUGCUCCGCUCUGCGCCCCUGGGUGUGCAGAUAUGUACGAAGACAAGGAGGACAGCCUGUUCAACUACUACCAGCGCGCCCACCAGAACACCCUUGAGAGCUACCCCGCCUUCCCUUCUCACCGCUCUGCUCCGCUCUGCGCCCCUGGGUGUGCAGAUAUGUACAAGGACAAGGAGGACAGCCUGUUCAACUGCUACCAGCGCGCCCACCAGAACACCCUUGAGAGCUACCCCGCCUUCCCUCCUCACCACUCUGCGCCCCUGGGUGUGCAGAUGUACGAGGACAAGGAGGACAGCCCGUUCAACUGCUACCAGCGCGCCCACCAGAACACCCUUGAGAGCUACCCCGCCUUCCCUCCUCACCACUCUGCGCCCCUGGGUGUGCAGAUGUACGAGGACAAGGAGGACAGCCUGUUCAACUGCUACCAGCGCGCCCACCAGAACACCCUUGAGAGCUACCCCGCCUUCCCUCCUCACUGCUCUGCUCCGCUCUGUGCCCCUGGAUGUGCAGAUGUACGAGGACAAGGAGAACAGCCUGUUCAACUUCUACCAGCGCGCACAUCGAACACCCUUGAGAGCUACCCCGCCUUCCCUCCUCACCACUCUGCGCCCCUAGGUGUGCAGAUGUACGAGGACAAGGAGGACAGCCUGUUCAACAUCUACCAGCGCCCCCACCAGAACACCCUUGAGAGCUACCCCGCCUUCCCUCCUCACCGCUCUGCUCUGCUCUGCGCCCCUGGGUGUGCAGAUAUGUACGAAGACAAGGAGGACAGCCUGUUCAACUGCUACCAGCGCGCCCACCUGAACACCCUUGAGAGCUACCCCGCCUUCCCUCCUCACUGCUCUGCUCCGCUCUGCGCCCCUGGGUGUGCAGAUAUGUACGAGGACAAGGAGGACAUCCUGUUCAACUGCUACCAGCGCACCCACCAGAACACCCUUGAGAGCUACCCCGGAUUCCUUCCUCACCGCUCUGCUCCGCUCUGCACCCUUGGGUGUGGAGAUGACAAGGAGGACAGCCUUUUCAACUGUUACCAGCACGCCCACCAGAACACCCUUAAGAGCUACCCCGCCUUCCCUCCUCACCGCUCUGCUCCGGUCAGCGCCCCUAGAUGUACGAGGACAAGGAGGACAGCCCGUUCAACUGCUACUAGCGUGCUCACCAGAACACCUUUGAGAGCUACCCCGCCUUCCCUCCUCACCGCUCUGCUCCGCUCUGCGCCCCUGGGUGUGCAGAUGUACGAGGACAAGGAGGACAGCCUGUUCAACUGCUACCAGCGCGCCCACCAGAACACCCUUGAGAGCUACCCCGCCUUCCCUCCUCACCGCUCUGCUCCGCUCUGCGCCCCUGGAUGUACGAGGACAAGGAGGACAGCCUGUUCAACUGCUACCAGCGCGCCCACCAAAACACCCUUGAGAGCUACCCCGCCUUCCCUCCUCACUGCUCUGCUCCGCUCUGCGCCCCUGGGUGUGCAGAUGUAUGAGGACAAGGAGGACAGCCUGUUCAACUGCUACCAGCGCGCCCACCAGAACACCCUUGAGAGCUACCCCACCUUCCCUCCUCACCGCUCUGCUCCGCUCUGCGCCCCUGGAUGUACGAGGACAAGGAGGACAGCCUGUUCAACUGCUACCAGCGCGCCCACCAGAACACCCUUGAGAGCUACCCCGCCUUCCCUCCUCACCGCUCUGCUCCACUCUGAGCCCCUGGGUGUGCAGAUGUACAAGGACAAGGAGGACAGCCUGUUCAACUGCUACCAGCGCGCCCAUCAGAACACCCUUGAGAGCUACCCCGCCUUCCCUCCUCACCGCUCUGCUCCGCUCUGCGCCCCUGGGUGUGCAGAUAUGUAUGAGGACAAGGAGGACAGCCUGUUCAACUGCUACCAGCGCGCCCACCAGAACACCCUUGAGAGCUACCCCGCCUUCCCUCCUCACAGCUCUGCUCCGCUCUGCGCCCCUGGAUGUACGAGGACAAGGAGGACAGCCUGUUCAACUGCUACCAGCACGCCCACCAGAACACCCUUGAGAGCUACCCCGCCUUCUCUCCUCACCGCUCUGCUCCGCUCUGAGCCCCUGGGUGUGCAGAUGUACAAGGACAAGGAGGACGGCCUGUUCAACUGCUACCAGCGCGCCCACCAGAACACCCUUGAGAGCUACCCCGCCUUCCCUCCUCACCGCUCUGCUCCGCUCUGCGCCCCUGGGUGUGCAGAUGUACUAGGACAAGGAGGACAGCCUAUGUACGAGGACAAGGAGGACAGCCUGUUCAACUUCUACCAGCACGCCCACCAGAACACCCUUGAGAGCUACCCCGCCUUCCCUCCUCACUGCUCUGCUCCGCUCUGCGCCCCUGGGUGUGAGAUGCACGAGGACAAGGACAUCCUGUUCAACUGCUACCGGCGCGCCCACCAGAACACCCUUGAGAGCUACCCCGCCUUCCCUCCUCACCGCUCUGCUCCGCUAUGCGCCCCUGGGACAAGGAGGACAGCCUUUUCAACUGCUACCAGCGCGCCCACCAGAACACCCUUAAGAGCUACCCCGCCUUCCCUCCUCUCCGCUCUGCUCUACUCUGCGCCCCUGGGUGUGCAGAUGUACGAGGACAAGGAGGACAGCCUGUUCAACUGCUACCAGCGCGCCCACCAAAACACCCUUGAGAGCUACCCCGCCUUCCCUCCUCACCGCUCUGCUCCGCUCUGCGCCCCUGGAUGUACGAGGACAAGGAGGACAGCCUGUUCAACUGCUACCAGCGCGCCCACCAAAACACCCUUGAGAGCUACCAUGCCUUCCCUCCUCACCGCUCUGCUCCGCUCUGCGCCCCUGGGUGUGCAGAUGUAUGAGGACAAGGAGGACAGCCUGUUCAACUACUACCAGCGCGCCCACCAGAACACCCUUGAGAGCUACCCCGCCUUCCCUCCUCACUGCUCUGCUCCGCUCUGCGCCCCUGGGUGUGCAGAUAUGUACAAGGACAAGGAGGACGGCCUGUUCAACUGCUACCAGCGCGCCCACCAGAACACCCUUGAGAGCUACCCCGCCUUCCCUCCUCACCGCUCUGCUCCGCUCUUCGCCCCUGGAUGUACGAGGACAAGGAGGACAGCCUGUUCAACUUCUACCAGCAUGCCCACCAGAACACCCUUGAGAGCUACCCCACCUUCCCUCCUCACUGCUCUGCUCCGCUCUGCGCCCCUGGGUGUGCAGAUGCACGAGGACAAGGACAUCCUGUUCAACUGCUACCGGCGCGCCCACCAGAACACCCUUGAGAGCUACCCCGCCUUCCUCCUCACCGCUCUGCUCCGCUAUGCGCCCCAGGGUGUGCAGAUGAACGAAGACAAGGAGGACAGCCUGUUCAACUGCUACCGGCGCGCCCACCAAAACACCCUUGAGAGCUACCCCGCCUUCCCUCCUCACCGCUCUGCUCCGCUCUUCGCCCCUGGGUGUGCAGAUAUGUACGAGGACAAGGAGGACAGCCUGUUCAACUUCUACCAGCGCGCUCACCAGAACACCCUAGAGAGCUACCCCGCCUUCCCUCCUCACCACUCUGCGCCCCUGGGUAUGUACAAGGACAAGGAGGACAGCAUGUUCAACUGCUACCAGCGCGCCCACCUGAACACCCUUGAGGGCUACCCCCCCUUCCCUCCUCACCUCUCUGCUCCGCUCUGCGCCCCUAGGUGUGCAGAUAUGUACGAGGACAAGGAGGACAGCCUGUUCAUCUGCUACCAGCGCGCCCACCAGAACACCCAUGAGAGCUACCCCGCCUUCCCUCCUCACCGCUCUGCUCCGAUCUGCGCCCCUGGGUGUGCAGAUGUACGUGGACAAGGAGGACUGCAUAUGUACGAGGACAAGGAGGACAGCCUGUUCAACUUCUACCAGCGCGCCCACCAGAACACCCUUGAGAGCUACCCCGCCUUCCCUUCUCACCACUCUGCUCCGCUUCACGCUCCUGGGUGUGCAGAUACGUACGAGAACAAGGAGGACAGCCUGUUCAACUGCUACCAGCGCGCCCACCAGAACACCCUUGAGAGCUACCCCGCCUUCCCUCCUCACCGCUCUGCUCCGAUCUGCGCCCCUGGGUGUGCAGAUAUGUACAAGGACAAGGAGGACAGCCUAUUCAACUUCUACCAGCGCACCCACCAUAACACCCUUGAGAGCUACCCCGCCUUCCCUCCUCACCCCUCUGCGCCCCUGGAUGUACGAGGACAAGGAGGACAGCAUAUGUACGAGGACAAGGAGGACAGCCUGUUCAACUUCUACCAGCGCGCCCACCAGAACACCCUUGAGAGCUACCCCGCCUUCCCUCCUCACCACUCUGCGCCCCUGGGUGUGCAGAUGUACGAGGACAAGGAGGACAGCCUGUUCAAUUGCUACCAGUGCACCCACCAAAACACCCUUGAGAGCUACCCCGCCUUCCCUCCUCACCGCUCUGCUCCGCUCUGCGCCCCUGGGUGUGUAGACAUGUACGAGGACAAGGAGGACAGCCUAUUCAACUUCUACCAGCGCACCCACCAUAACACCCUUGAGAGCUACCCCGCCUUCCCUCCUCACCCCUCUGCGCCCCUGGAUGUACGAGGACAAGGAGGACAGCAUAUGUACGAGGACAAGGAGGACAGCCUGUUCAACUUCUACCAGCGCGCCCACCAGAACACCCUUGAGAGCUACCCCGCCUUCCCUCCUCACCACUCUGCGCCCCUGGGUGUGCAGAUGUACGAGGACAAGGAGGACAGCCUGUUCAAUUGCUACCAGUGCACCCACCAAAACACCCUUGAGAGCUACCCCGCCUUCCCUCCUCACCGCUCUGCUCCGCUCUGCGCCCCUGGGUGUGUAGACAUGUACGAGGACAAGGAGGACAGCCUGUUCAAUUGCUACCAGCACACCCACCAGAACAUCCUUGAGAGCAACCCCGCCUUCCCUCCUCACCGCUCUGCUCCAAUCUGCGCCCCUGGAUGUACGAGGACAAGGAGGACAGCAUGUUCAACUGCUACCAGCGCGCCCACCAGAACACCGUUUAGAGCAACCCCGCCUUCCCUCCUCACCGCUCUGCUCCGCUCUGCGCCCCUGGGUGUGCAGAUGUACGAGGACAAGGAGGACAACCUGUUCAACUUCUACCAGCGCACCCACAAGAACACCCUUGAGAGCUACCCCGCCUUCCCUCCUCACCACUCUGCGCCCCUGGGUGUACAGAUGUACAAGGACAAGGAGGACAGCCUGUUCAACUGCUACCAACGCACACACCAGAACACCCUUGAGAGCUACCCCGUCUUCCCUCCUCACCGCUCUGCUCCAAUCUGCGCCCCUGGGUGUGCAGAUGUACGAGGACAAGGAGGACAGCAUGUUCAACUGCUACUAGCGCGCCCACCAGAACACCCUCGAGAGCUACCCUGCCUUUCUUCCUCCUACUCUUCACCCGUGGGUGUGCAGAUGUACGAGGACAAGGAGGACAGCCUGUUCAACUUCUACCAGCGCGCCCACCGGAACACCCUUGAGAGCUACCCCGCCUUCCCUUCUCACUGCUCAGCUCCGCUCUGCGCCCCUGGGUGUGCAGAUGUACGAGGACAAGGAGGACAGCAUGUUCAACUGAUGUACGCGGACAAGGAGGACAGCCUGUUCAACUUCUACCAGCGCGCCCACCAGAACACCCUUGAGAGCUACCCCGCCUUCCCUUCUCACCACUCUGCUCCGCUUCACGCUCCUGGGUGUGCAGAUACGUACGAGAACAAGGAGGACAGCCUGUUCAACUGCUACCAGCGCGCCCACCAGAACACCCUUGAGAGCUACCCCGCCUUCCCUCCUCACCGCUCUGCUCCGAUCUGCGCCCCUGGGUGUGCAGAUAUGUACGAGGACAAGGAGGACAGCCUAUUCAACUUCUACCAGCGCACCCACCAUAACACCCUUGAGAGCUACCCCGCCUUCCCUCCUCACCCCUCUGCGCCCCUGGAUGUACGAGGACAAGGAGGACAGCAUAUGUACGAGGACAAGGAGGACAGCCUGUUCAACUUCUACCAGCGCGCCCACCAGAACACCCUUGAGAGCUACCCCGCCUUCCCUCCUCACCACUCUGCGCCCCUGGGUGUGCAGAUGUACGAGGACAAGGAGGACAGCCUGUUCAAUUGCUACCAGCGCACCCACCAAAACACCCUUGAGAGCUACCCCGCCUUCCCUCCUCACCGCUCUGCUCCGCUCUGCGCCCCUGGGUCUAUGUACGAGGACAAGGAGGACAGCCUGUUCAUCUGCUACCAGCGCGCCCACCAGAACACCCAUGAGAGCUACCCCGCCUUCCCUCCUCACCGCUCUGCUCCGAUCUGCGCCCCUGGGUGUGCAGAUAUGUACGAGGACAAGGAGGACAGCCUGUUCAAUUGCUACCAGCACACCCACCAGAACAUCCUUGAGAGCAACCCCGCCUUCCCUCCUCACCGCUCUGCUCCAAUCUGCGCCCCUGGAUGUACGAGGACAAGGAGGACAGCAUGUUCAACUGCUACCAGCGCGCCCACCAGAACACCCUUUAGAGCAACCCCGCCUUCCCUCCUCACCGCUCUGCUCCGCUCUGCGCCCCUGGGUGUGCAGAUGUACGAGGACAAGGAGGACAACCUGUUCAACUUCUACCAGCGCACCCACCAGAACACCCUUGAGAGCUACCCCGCCUUCCCUCCUCACCACUCUGCGCCCCUGGGUGUACAGAUGUACAAGGACAAGGAGGACAGCCUGUUCAACUGCUACCAACGCACACACCAGAACACCCUUGAGAGCUACCCCGUCUUCCCUCCUCACCGCUCUGCUCCAAUCUGCGCCCCUGGGUGUGCAGAUGUACGAGGACAAGGAGGACAGCAUGUUCAACUGCUACUAGCGCGCCCACCAGAACACCCUCGAGAGCUACCCUGCCUUUCUUCCUCCUACUCUUCACCCGUGGGUGUGCAGAUGUACGAGGACAAGGAGGACAGCCUGUUCAACUUCUACCAGCGCGCCCACCGGAACACCCUUGAGAGCUACCCCGCCUUCCCUUCUCACUGCUCAGCUCCGCUCUGCGCCCCUGGAUGUACAAGGACAAGGAGGACAGCCUGUUCAACUGCUACCAGCGCGCCCACCAAAACACCCUUAAGAGCUACCCCGCCUUCCCUCCUCACGGCUCUGCUCCGCUCUGCGCCCCUGGGUGUGCAGAUGUACAAGGACAAGGAGGACAGCCUGUUCAACUUCUACCAGCGCGCCCACCAGAACACCCUUGAGAGCUACCCCACCUUGCCUCCUCACCACUCUGCGCCCCUGGGUGUGCAGAUGUACAAGGACAAGGAGGAUAGCCUGUUCAACUGCUACCAGCGCGCCCACCAGAACACCCUUGAGAGCUACCCCGCCUCCCUUCCUCAUCGCUCUUCGCCCGUGGGUGUGCAGAUGUACGAGGACAAGGAGGACAGCUUGUUCAACUUCUACCAGCGCGCCCACCAGAACACCCUUGAGAGCUACCCCGCCUUCCCUUCUCACCGCUCAGCUCCGCUCUGCGCCCCUGGGUGUGCAGAUAUGUACAAGGACAAGGAGGACAGCCUGUUCAACUUCUACCAGCGCGCCCACCAGAACACCCUUGAGAGCUACCCCGCCUUCCCUUCUCACCGCUCAGCUCCGCUCUGCGCCCCUGGAUGUGCAGAUAUGUACGAGGACAAGGAGGACAGCCUGUUCAACUGCUACCAGCGCGCCCACCAGAACACCCUUGAGAGCUACCCCGCCUUCUUUCCUCAUCGCUCUUCGCCCGUGGGUGUGCAGAUGUACGAGGACAAGGAGGACAGCCUGUUCAACUUCUACCAGCGCGCCCACCAGAACACCCUUGAGAGCUACCCCGCCUUCCCUUCUCACCGCUCAGCUCCGCUCUGCGCCCCUGGGUGUGCAGAUAUGUACGAGGACAAGGAGGACAGCCUGUUCAACUGCUACCAGCGCGCCCACCAGAACACCCUUGAGAGCUACCCCGCCUUCCCUCCUCACCUCUCUGCUCCACUCUGCACCCCUGGAGCUACCCCGCCUUACCUCCUCACCGCUCUGCUCCGCUCUGCGCCCCUGGGUGUGCAGAUGUACAAGGACAAGGAGGACAGCCUGUUCAACUUCUACCAGCGCGCCCACCAGAACACCCUUGAGAGCUACCCCGCCUUGCCUCCUCACCACUCUGUGCCCCUGGGUGUGCAGAUGUACAAGGACAAGGAGGACAGCCUGUUCAACUGCUACCAGCGCGCCCACCAGAACACCCUUGAGAGCUACCCCGCCUUCCUUCCUCAUCGCUCUUCGCCCGUGGGUGUGCAGAUGUACGAGGACAAGGAGGACAGCUUGAUCAACUUCUACCAGCGCGCCCACCAGAACACCCUUGAGAGCUACCCCGCCUUCCCUUCUCACCGCUCAGCUCCGCUCUGCGCCCCUGGGUGUGCAGAUAUGUACGAGGACAAGGAGGACAGCCUGUUCAACUGCUACCAGCGCACCCACCAGAACACCCUUGAGAGCUACCCCGCCUUCCCUCCUCACCGCUCUUCUCCGCUCUGUGCCCCUGGGUGUGCAGAUAUGUACAAGGACAAGGAGGACAGCCUGUUCAACUUCUACCAGCGCGCCCACCAGAACACCCUUGAGAGCUACCCCACCUUGCCUCCUCACCACUCUGCGCCCCUGGGUGUGCAGAUGUACAAGGACAAGGAGGACAGCCUGUUCAACUGCUACCAGCGCGCCCACCAGAACACCCUUGAGAGCUACCCCGCCUCCCUUCCUCAUCGCUCUUCGCCCGUGGGUGUGCAGAUGUACGAGGACAAGGAGGACAGCUUGUUCAACUUCUACCAGCGCGCCCACCAGAACACCCUUGAGAGCUACCCCGCCUUCCCUUCUCACCGCUCAGCUCCGCUCUGCGCCCCUGGGUGUGCAGAUAUGUACAAGGACAAGGAGGACAGCCUGUUCAACUUCUACCAGCGCGCCCACCAGAACACCCUUGAGAGCUACCCCGCCUUCCCUUCUCACCGCUCAGCUCCGCUCUGCGCCCCUGGAUGUGCAGAUAUGUACGAGGACAAGGAGGACAGCCUGUUCAACUGCUACCAGCGCGCCCAUCAGAACACCCUUGAGAGCUACCCCGCCUUCUUUCCUCAUCGCUCUUCGCCCGUGGGUGUGCAGAUGUACGAGGACAAGGAGGACAGCCUGUUCAACUUCUACCAGCGCGCCCACCAGAACACCCUUGAGAGCUACCCCGCCUUCCCUUCUCACCGCUCAGCUCCGCUCUGCGCCCCUGGAUGUACAAGGACAAGGAGGACAGCCUGUUCAACUGCUACCAGCGCGCCCACCAAAACACCCUUAAGAGCUACCCCGCCUUACCUCCUCACCGCUCUGCUCCGCUCUGCGCCCCUGGGUGUGCAGAUGUACAAGGACAAGGAGGACAGCCUGUUCAACUUCUUCCAGCGCGCCCACCAGAACACCCUUGAGAGCUACCCCGCCUUGCCUCCUCACCACUCUGCGCCCCUGGGUGUGCAGAUGUACAAGGACAAGGAGGACAGCCUGUUCAACUGCUACCAGCGCGCCCACCAGAACACCCUUGAGAGCUACCCCGCCUUCCUUCCUCAUCGCUCUUCGCCCGUGGGUGUGCAGAUGUACGAGGACAAGGAGGACAGCUUGUUCAACUUCUACCAGCGCGCCCACCAGAACACCCUUGAGAGCUACCCCGCCUUCCCUUCUCACCGCUCAGCUCCGCUCUGCGCCCCUGGGUGUGCAGAUAUGUACGAGGACAAGGAGGACAGCCUGUUCAACUGCUACCAGCGCACCCACCAGAACACCCUUGAGAGCUACCCCGCCUUCCCUCCUCACCGCUCUUCUCCGCUCUGUGCCCCUGGGUGUGCAGAUAUGUACGAGGACAAGGAGGACAGCCUGUUCAACUGCUACCAGCGCGCUCACCAGAACACCCUUGAGAGCUACCCCGCCUUCCUUCCUCAUCGCUCUUCGCCCGUGGGUGUGCAGAUGUACGAGGACAAGGAGGACAGCCUGUUCAACUUCUACCAGCGCGCCCACCAGAACACCCUUGAGAGCUACCCCGCCUUCCCUUCUCACCGCUCAGCUCCGCUCUGCGCCCCUGGAUGUACGAGGACAAGGAGGACAGCCUGUUCAACUGCUACCAGCGCGCCCACCAGAACACCCUUGAGAGCUACCCCGCCUUCCCUCCUCACCGCUCUGCUCCACUCUGCGCCCCUGGGUGUGCAGAUGUACGAGGACAAGGAGGACAGCCUGUUCAACUACUACCAGCGCGCUCACCAGAACACUCUUGAGAGCUACCCCGCCUUCCUUCCUCAUCGCUCUUUGCCCGUGGGUGUGCAGAUGUACGAGGACAAGGAGGACAGCCUGUUCAACUUCUACCAGCGCGCCCACCAGAACACCCUUGAGAGCUACCCCGCCUUCCCUUCUCACCGCUCAGCUCCGCUCUGCGCCCCUGGGUGUGCACAUAUGUACGAGGACAAGGAGGACAGCGUGUUCAACUGCUACCAGCGCGCUCACCAGAACACCCUUGAGAGCUACCCCGCCUUCCUUCCUCAUCGCUCUUCGCCCGUGGGUGUGCAGAUGUACGAGGACAAGGAGGACAGCCUGUUCAGCUUCUACCAGCGCGCCCACCAGAACACCCUUGAGAGCUACCCCGCCUUCCCUUCUCACCGCUCAGCUCCGCUCUGCGCCCCUGGGUGUGCAGAUAUGUAUGAGGACAAGGAGGACAGCCUGUUCAACUGCUACCAGCGCGCCCACCAGAACACCCUUGAGAGCUACCCCGCCUUCCCUCCUCACCUCUCUGCUCCACUCUGCGCCCCUGGGUGUGCAGAUGUACGAGGACAAGGAGGACAGCCUGUUCAACUGCUACCAGCGCGCCCACCAAAACACCCUUACGAGCUACCCCGCCUUCCCUCCUCACCGCUCUGCUCCGCUCUGCGCCCCUGGAUGUACGAGGACAAGGAGGACAGCAUGUUCAACUGCUACCAGCGCACCCACCAGAACACCCUUGAGAGCUACCCCGCCUUCCCUCCUCACCGCUCUUCUCCGCUCUGUGCCCCUGGAUGUACGAGGACAAGGAGGACAGCCUGUUCAACUGCUACCAGUGCGCCCACCAAAACACCCUUAAGAGCUACCCCGCCUUCCCUCCUCACCGCUCUGCUCCGCUCUGCGCCCCUGGGUGUGCAGAUGUACGAGGACAAGGAGGACAGCCUGUUCAACUUCUACCAGCGCGCCCACCAGAACACCCUUGAGAGCUACCCCGCCUUGCCUCCUCACCACUCUGCGCCCCUGGGUGUGCAGAUGUACAAGGACAAGGAGGACAGCCUGUUCAACUGCUACCAGCGCGCCCACCAGAACACCCUUGAGAGCUACCUUGCCUUCCUUCCUCAUCGCUCUUCGCCCGUGGGUGUGCAGAUGUACGAGGACAAGGAGGACAGCUUGUUCAACUUCUACCAGCGCGCCCACCAGAACACCCUUGAGAGCUACCCUGCCUUCCCUUCUCACCGCUCAGCUCCGCUCUGCGCCCCUGGAUGUACGAGGACAAGGAGGACAGCCUGUUCAACUGCUACCAGCGCGCCCACCAAAACACCCUUAAGAGCUACCCUGCCUUCCCUCCUCACCGCUCUGCUCCGCUCUGCGCCCCUGGGUGUGCAGAUGUACGAGGACAAGGAGGACAGCCUGUUCAACUUCUACCAGCGCGCCCACCAGAACACCCUUGAGAGCUACCCCGCCUUGCCUCCUCACCACUCUGCGCCCCUGGGUGUGCAGAUGUACAAGGACAAGGAGGACAGCCUAUUCAACUGCUACCAGCGCGCCCACCAGAACACCCUUGAGAGCUACCCCGCCUUCCUUCCUCAUCGCUCUUCGCCCGUGGGUGUGCAGAUGUACGAGGACAAGGAGGACAGCUUGUUCAACUUCUACCAGCGCGCCCACCAGAACACCCUUGAGAGCUACCCUGCCUUCCCUUCUCACCGCUCAGCUCUGCUCUGCGCCCCUGGGUGUGCAGAUAUGUACGAGGACAAGGAGGACAGCCUGUUCAACUGCUACCAGCGCGCCCACCAGAACACCCUUGAGAGCUACCCCGCCUUCCCUCCUUACCUCUCUGCUCCACUCUGCGCCCCUGGGUGUGCAGAUAUGUACGAGGACAAGGAGGACAGCCUGUUCAACUUCUACCAGCGCGCCCACCAGAACACCCUUGAGAGCUACCCCGCCCUGCCUCCUCACCACUCUGCGCCCCUGGGUGUGCAGAUGUACAAGGACAAGGAGGACAGCCUGUUCAACUGCUACCAGCGCGCCCACCAGAACACCCUUGAGAGCUACCCCGCCUUCCUUCCUCAUCGCUCUUCGCCCAUGUACGAGGACAAGGAGGACAGCCUGUUCAACUGCUACCAGCGCACCCACCAGAACACCCUUGAGAGCUACCCCGCCUUCCCUCCUCACCGCUCUGCUCCGCUCUGUGCCCCUGGGUGUGCAGAUAUGUACGAGGACAAGGAGGACAGCCUGUUCAACUGCUACCAGCGCGCUCACCAGAACACCCUUGAGAGCUACCCCGCCUUCCUUCCUCAUCGCUCUUCGCCCGUGGGUGUGCAGAUGUACGAGGACAAGGAGGACAGCCUGUUCAACUUCUACCAGCGCGCCCACCAGAACACCCUUGAGAGCUACCCCGCCUUCCCUUCUCACCGCUCAGCUCCGCUCUGCUCCCCUGGAUGUACGAGGACAAGGAGGACAGCCUGUUCAACUGCUACCAGCGCGCCCGCCAGAACACCCUUGAGAGCUACCCCGCCUUCCCUCCUCACCGCUCUGCUCCACUCUGCGCCCCUGGGUGUGCAGAUGUACGAGGACAAGGAGGACAGCCUGUUCAACUACUACCAGAGCGCUCACCAGAACACUCUUGAGAGCUACCCCGCCUUCCUUCCUCAUCGCUCUUCGCCCGUGGGUGUGCAGAUGUACGAGGACAAGGAGGACAGCCUGUUCAACUUCUACCAGCGCGCCCACCAGAACACCCUUGAGAGCUACCCCGCCUUCCCUUCUCACCGCUCAGCUCCGCUCUUCGCCCCUGGGUGUGCAGAUAUGUACGAGGACAAGGAGGACAGCCUGUUCAACUGCUACCAGCGCGCCCACCAAAACACCUUUAAGAGCUACCCCGCCUUCCCUCCUCACCGCUCUGCUCCGCUCUGCGCCCCUGGGUGUGCAGAUAUGUACGAGGACAAGGAGGACAGCCUGUUCAACUUCUACCAGCGCGCCCACCAGAACACCCUUGAGAGCUACCCCGCCUUCCCUUCUCACCGCUCAGCUCCGCUCUGCGCCCCUGGGUGUGCAGAUAUGUACGAGGACAAGGAGGACAGCCUAUUCAACUACUACCAGCGCGCCCACCAGAACACCCUUGAGAGCUACCCCGCCUUCCUUCCUCACCUCUCUGCUCCACUCUGCGCCCCUGGGUGUGUAGAUAUGUACGAGGACAAGGAGGACAGCCUGUUCAACUUCUACCGGCGCGCCUACCAGAACACCCUUGAGAGCUACCCCGCCAUGCCUCCUCACCACUCUGCGCCCCUGGGUGUGCAGAUGUACAAGGACAAGGAGGACAGCCUGUUCAACUGCUACCAGCGCGCCCACCAGAACACCCUUGAGAGCUACCCCGCCUUCCUUCCUCAUCGCUCUUCGCCCGUGGGUGUGCAGAUGUACGAGGACAAGGAGGACAGCUUGUUCAACUUCUACCAGCGCGCCCACCAGAACACCCUUGAGAGCUACCCUGCCUUCCCUUCUCACCGCUCAGCUCCGCUCUGCGCCCCUGGGUGUGCAUAUAUGUACGAGGAGAAGGAGGACAGCCUGUUCAACUGCUACCAGCGCGCCCACCAGAACAACCUUGAGAGCUACCCCGCCUCCCCUCCUUACCUCUCUGCUCCACUCUGCGCCCCUGGGUGUGCAGAUAUGUACGAGGACAAGGAGGACAGCCUGUUCAACUUCUACCAGCGCGCCCACCAGAACACCCUUGAGAGCUACCCCGCCUUGCCUCCUCACCACUCUGCAGCCCUGGGUUGCUCGAUGAAGGCGGAGUCCAAUCCUUGGGUCGUUGGUAGCACUUCCGCCAACGAGUUCGGGGUAAGCUACCUUUACGCAUGA